CCAAGCGCCCAGUUAACCUAGGUCAGUCCCACAUCACGCGUGUGAAUGUAUUACUUGUUCUAUUCGGUAUUUCACCUUUAACAAGUGUCAGUCAUUUGAUAAUUGAAGAGUCAAUAAAAAGCGUCAAGUAAUGUUCUGUUCUGGUUAAAAAAAACUGUUUUGUACUUUUAACGGUUUUUUACCGAUUUAAGAAAAUUCAUUGCCCUUGGAUAUAAGUUUAGUCUCGAUAGCCCAGUGAUGACUCCGUUAUUUGUGCUCAGUUACUGUUGUAUUUCCAUUUCAUACUUGGUGAUGUUCGAGUCUGAUUCCACUGAAGCAUUAAAGUUGGAAAUAAAGGAAGAGACAUAUCUACAUUCUGAAAGAAUCAGAAAAGAAGUUUCCCAGGAUGAGACAGAGACAGGAGAGAUCGCCUCGCCGUGUCCUGGAGGACAAGAGUAUUGUGAGUCUGCUGACGACUAUCCCACGGAUAAAAUCAAAAUUUUACUCAAGAAACAGUCCAAGUUCAUUCUUGAUCACUUUAACAUCGAGAGAGACAACCAACAUAGGGAUUUCGGACCCUAUUCUCCUGCACCUGGUCCAGGUUCAGGAUCAGGAUCAGGUGAUGAGGAAGUGGAUGUGGAUGCCAUACCCACUACACCAAUGCGAUUUGUCGACUGGCCGCUUUGUUCUUCUAUGAACACUGUAAUAUUUCCUAAGAAGGCAAAAUCCAACGAUGGACUUUUCGAAUUUGUCGUCAACGAUGACGAGCACAAACAGGGUGUCCGGGUGGAAGCCUGUAUACCUGCUGGACGCCUCAACAACGAAGGGUGUAACAUCCCUGGUAGCCUGUCACUAGGCUACUCGUCACGCUGCGUACAGAAGCACAUCCAGCGCACUCUGGUGGUACUAAACAGCAACUCUUCAGAGGCAGAGGGCUUCGUCACCAAGCCCUUCGAGUUCCCUUCCUGUUGCUCUUGCCUGAUCACCAUGAAUUUUGACGCUUAUGAUUUUGACACCACCCCCUUUGACACCGACUGGUACAACACCACUUCUGACAUUCCUGACCAGUCCAAUACCAGCACUACUGACGCCUCAAGUGUAGACCUAACCUCGUCGUCAGCCAAUUCUACCAACUGAGGAAGUUAAAAAAAUGGAGAGAAACUAAUGUAUUCCAUUCUAUAAUUGAAAUUGAACCAUUUAUGUUGGCUUCUGGAGGAAAUUUAAUUGAAGAUCAAUAGACUCUGUUAAUACUUGAUCCAUGAACUUACAGUCCACUUUACAAUAUAUGUGUGAUGUUAAAUUAAUAUAUUAUGCACCCAUUUCUGAAUAUCUCGUUAAAGGUUAUUAGUUAGUAUAGAAAGGAAAUCUAUACAAAUAUUUUAUUACAAUUUUAUAAGGUAAUUUAGGUCAUUUUAGAGGUUGUAUAAGGUAUAUUUAUUUUUCUUGUAUUUUUAAAUUAAUUUUGUCGUUAGUGAAAAUUUAGAUUACGAUAAGUUUAGCUCUGUAUUGAAAGUGACUUGAAAAACAUUGUUCUUUAUUUUUCACCUUUGAGUUCCUUACGAUUUAGAGCAAACUUUCACAAUGAUAAAAUAAUGUAAACCCAUUUUGUUAUCUAUUGGACUUAGAAUGAAUUACAACACAAUUUUGCUACAUUGUUAUCAGGGGCUGUGUUCAUUUACUCAUCAGUUUGGUUUUAAUGUUUUAUAUGGUCCAAAACCAAUACCAAAGUAAGCAUCUAUAGUUUUAUAAUAUUAAUUUUAUAAAUUCACAGGUGGUCCGAGAUUUCUUGAUUACCAGCUGCAGGCAUUGUGUAUUAAUUACCGGUUAGGAAGUAAAAAGAAAUCACAUAUCGCAAGAUUAGAAAUCAGCAAUCUAAAGAUUGUUUUUGUUAAAAUUUACUAUCAGAAUUUGGAAUCACACUGGAAGAGCAACAUGUUGCUAGAUUUUAUUACCACGGUCAAUAAAGAUAAUUAAAUUAA